CUGUUGUACGCUCAGGUACCACAGAUAAUACAAGGAAAAUGUAAAAAUAAGCUCUGUGCAAACUGAGAUCCUUGCACCAUAAAUGAAGUAGAGUGUUUAACUCCAGAAGCAUUACACACGAUUUGGCCAGCUGAUACUACAAACGCGUCGCAAAGCAUUAAAAACAAGGUGCCCUUUAGAAUAGCAUUACUCAUUUCUGUGUGGAACCCUCAAAACUCUGUAAACUUCCAAGGUGUAAGGACGGAAAGAGAAGUGGUUUUUAUCCCCUCCUUCCCUCACACAGUUAAAUGCAAAUUCCCUCUACAGUCAUAUUCCUGCCAUCUCCCUGCAUACACAGCUGAUACGCCACCUACUGCAAAACCCAGCUGACAGCCCGAGCAAUGCUAGCAGCAUUUCCAUUCCAACAUCGUGCCAGAGCCGAAGAAAGGUGCUCUUAAAUCAAAAUCUCUCCCUUUUCAAGCUGACAAGAACAAAGCAAGAUCGCUGUGCUCGCUUCGAUAAUGGAGAGAAAAUCAAACAGAAGAGCAAAGGAAUCUGAAGAAAACCACAGCAACUUCGAGGGCUCUGAGCAAGACAAGGACUAUAAAACGUCUCUGGUUACUCUGAACGUUGGCGGCUAUCUGUACAUCACACAAAAACAAACAUUAACCAAGUACCCAGAUUCUUUCCUCGAAGGUAUAAUCAAUGGAAAAAUAAUGUGCCCUUUCGAUGCGGAUGGACAUUACUUCAUAGACAGAGAUGGACUCCUGUUCAGACACAUUCUGAACUUCCUCCGAAAUGGAGAACUUCUUCUACCGGAAGGGUUUCGAGAAAAUCAACUUCUGGCACACGAAGCAGAUUUCUUUCAGCUGAAAGUCUUAUCGGAUGCAGUAAAAUCGAGGUGGGAGAAGGAGCAGCUCGCGUCUCGAGAGACCACUUUCCUGGAAAUAACUGACAGCCACGACCGCUCGCAGGGGCUCCGGAUCUUUUGUAACGCUCCUGAUUUCAUAGCAAAAAUUAAAUCCCGAAUCGUACUGGUGUCCAAAAGCAGGCUGGAUGGAUUUCCAGAGGAGUUUUCAGUCUCUUCCAAUAUAAUUCAAUUCAAAUACUUCAUAAAGUCUGAAAAUGGUACGCGACUUGUGCUGAAGGAGGACAACACCUUCGUCUGUACCCUGGAAACUCUUAAGUUUGAGGCAAUUAUGAUGGCUUUAAAAUGUGGAUUCAGACUGCUGACCAGCCUGGAUUGUUCCAAAGGGUCUAUUGUUCACAGCGAUGCACUUCAUUUUAUCAAGUAAUUACAAAGGCAGAGGAAACAAGCAUGCAGUCGGCAGACCUCCUUUAACGGCAGCGUCCUGGCAUCACAGAUCUCGUAUCUAACCAGCCCUGUACCACACAGCUCGGCUGCUAAUCAGUUAAUGUGAGCUAAUGGUAUGUAAAUCUCGUAACGACAUCCAUCUCCGGCUUAUUCGAGCUGAGUGAAAUUUUUAUUCAAUUCAAGCAUCAAAUUUAUCUGCUAACCACUGUAAACAGAGACCGAACGCUUUCUGGUAUUUGUACUAUGUUUUUUUUUUUCAUGCUGUCUUUCAACCGGGAAGUCUGGCUGAAUUUCUGUGUACUUGUAUGACUAACACGCAUACACCUCACUGCUCUGUCGAGCAGCACAGAGACUGUUCUCAUACAACAGGCAGGCUCACGAUAUGUUCUGCUGCUCCUCAUGAAUUCAGAAUGGAUUUUAACUGGAAUAAAUGAUUUUCAGUGUUCCUUAGUGUUGAUGCUAAUUUGUUUUUAUGACGAGUUUGCAAAAAAAAACACAUGAAAUUGAAAGAGGGUUUAAAAUUAAUCUGCUCGAUUCUGAAGUCAAACAACUCUGAUUUCAGCUCUCUUAAAAAGAAAUUUACAGCUGUGCUACUACAUUAAUAGCAACUGCUAAGAACAUGUCAGCCAACCAGUAAUGCUGGGGGGUCUGUUUUAUUAUGGAAAAUGAAUUCACUCUAAAGAGAAUGUUGCAUUUUUCUGGUUAUAUAUGUUUAUCAGAUGGCUAAUAAAAAUGUUUGGCAUAAAAUUUCAUGUAA